AAAUCAACAUCCGUUUUGUCGUCAGUUCACUUCCUGGUGGGCUUACUGUCAGGUGGUGUUUUUCUGAGUGGGGUGUAUAUUUCACGUGGAAUGCUCUUUGCAAGUGAGGCGACGAAGUUUUAAUGUGGAUCACAAGCCAUAUCGCAAUGUAGUGCGUUGAGCGCUAAAGGUCUGUUGCGUGUCAUGGAGCUAACAAAAAAGCUCAAGUCUCUCGUCGGCAGACAGGGUUCACUUUCAAAUACAAGCUCUGCCGAAAAUUGUAGCGUCUCUCCAUCAAGUCCGCAAGCAUCGGUAGAUCGAGUAAAGCCAUGUGAACAGAGGCCUUCACUGGCCGACCCUCAAUUAGAAGAGGAAACAUUAAACUCGAUCGAGCCUGUCUACUACUCAGAUGACACAUUUGACGCCAGCGAAUAUGUGUUAAAAAAACUCCCGGAAGAUUUUGACAAAGCGGUGAUACAAGCAGAACGACAAACGCUGCGGAACCAGCUGUACGUGGUGUCCAAGAGGGUCUCUGACCUCAUACUUCAGAACCAAUCAUGCUACAUGUCAGAACUGCAGACGGUCAUGGAGUUGCAGCGGAACUUGGAGGAAGCCGGCGAAAUUUGUAGCACGGGAAGGAGGAAUUUAGCCAAGACCCGUGAAGACUUCACGGAAGCCAGUCUCGGUAUUCUGGCCAACUGUCGUAAGCGGGAAACAUUGAGGUCUCUCCUUAAGUCUCUGCAUCUGAUUAAGACACUGCAAGAAACAGAUGCGAGCCUCAGGGAGCUUCUUGAAGAAGAAAAUUAUGCUGGGGCCAUUCAGCUGUGUUUGGCAUGCCAGAAUGCUGCCAGCACACUAAAACACUACCGGUGCAUCAGUGAACUCAGUUCCAAACUGCAGGACACACUUGAGAUGACAGACGAGCAGCUCGACGUGGCGCUCUCCAAAAUAUGCACAAAGUUUGACAAAUGCAAAUAUGAGAAGCUACAAGCUGCUUACGAACUUUUAGGAAAAACGCAGAUUGCAGCUGACCAGCUGCUCAUGCACUUUGCCAGUGCCAUUCAUAACAGAGCCAGUGCCAUAGUCUUGGGAUAUGUGGAACUGUGCUCGGGCCAAAAGGACGCCAACUUUCAGAAGAUGCUAUAUCCCGCACUUUGUGCUAACAUUCAUGUCGACUGCUUCACAUCUUGCCUCAUGGAUCUGAGCAAAGCAUUAUGGGAGGUAAUGUGCAGCUACAAAGCGAUUCUCGAGUGGCACGGCUCCAGAGAGGUGCCGCCCCCGACACCGUCUGAGGAAGGUGAUGCACCAGAUGUGGCUUACCUGUACGUACAGCAGAAGUUGCAGCACGGGCUGCUACGCAUCUGGCAAGACGUGCAAAACAAGGUGCAGCUGUACGUCCUGGCCUGCGACAUAUCAAGCUUCAAGUUUGACGAGUUCAUACAGGUGUUGGACAUUGUGCGGAGGCUGAUGAAUAUCGGAGAUGAAUUUUGCCAAAGCAAGUCCGAAGACCUUCAAGAAUCGUUAAGGAAACUGAGUGGCAAUUACUUCAAGAACUAUCACAGAUGUUGUCUCGAUGAGCUGAGAAUGUUCUUAGAGAAUGAAAGCUGGGCACUUGUACCGGUUAGGGAAAAUUUUUCCAUAUUACACUUACAGGAAUUCAGGUUCCUGAGAAAUUAUUUGCAAGCUCGCCCAGUGCUGUCGCCCGACAGGGUUGAGAAGGCGGAAGAGAUUUCUCCGAUGCGGCGCUCUGGCACGAGGACCUUCGACAUAAAUUCCAACCCCUUUGUGAUUCAGGCGGAUGAUGAGGAGGAGGACGUUUUUGACAGCGCAUCCAAUGACCAUAACAAGGGCGCCGGCUCCGACUCUGACGAUUCUGACGUUCCUGAAGAACUGAAACAGGACUAUGUAGAUGAAAUGGCUGGGGAGACGCCACAGAGGAGAACCAGCAAGCCUUCAAAGAGGUACAUGUCACGGCCAGAAAAUGUUCCCUUUGUGACAAAUACAACGCUGAAUGUUCUCAGACUACUCGGGAAGUACAUGAAGAUGAUGGAUGUCCUGCAUAUUAUAGCCUUUGAUGUCUUCCUAUGCAUGUCCCAGUUGUUUGACUACUACAUGUACACAGUUUACCUCUUCUUUGCUAAGGAAAUGAGUGACUUUUCCGAAAACUCGCUGAGCAACAAGCUGCGUACUUCGCUCAGGCGAAUUAGCGACGUCCUCAUUCUCGUAAGCAAGGACUUGGAAUCUGGCGACCCGAGUCAGACAAAGGACAAGGUUCCUCCGCCGUCAUUGUCUCCCGUUGUCAGCUUGAUAGAUCCUGCAGAUCUUCACGGACUCGCGGAAAGGGUGGUUGCCGCUGAGUCGUUGGCAUUCCUAUCUCAGCAGUUCGAGUCACUAGCUCCUCAUCUUGAUGCGCUGAUACCGCAGGCCAAGCAGCCAUAUCUAAAGACUUACACGCAGAAUGUAGCACUCUCGGUGGAUUUGAGGCGGCCCAUCUACAUGACUGUGGCAGCCAAGUCUAUUAAUUAUGACCAGGUGUUGGGAUUUAUGGAGAGGGUUCAUUGGGAUAUUCACGACAUUCCUUCCCAGCAUAGUAGCUACGUCGACCUUCUCGUAAGAGAGCUUCAGAACUUCAUAAUGAGACUCUCCGACGUCUCCAAGCGUACGCCAAUUCCCAAGGUCGCGUCGUCGCUUUUGUGGGAACACUGCAUUCGCAUGUCCAAUAGGACCUUCAUUGAAGGCUUUUCGCAAGCUAAGAAGUGCACAAAUGAGGGGCGCGCACUUAUGCAGUUAGAUUAUCAGCAGUUUGUGAGCAAGGUUGAGAAACUGAUGGACCUAAGGCCUCUGCCAGAUAGAGAACUUGUAGAAGGCUACAUAAAAGCGUAUUACAUGUUAGAUAAAGCCUUGGAAUCAUGGAUUCUGUCACACAAGGAGUACACUCCAAAACAGUUGAUUGGACUGGUAAAUUGUGUGACCCAGCUGAAUAAGAAAAGCCGACAAAACCUCAUCAACCUCAUCGACGAGAAUGACAGGACAAAGCGCUAGUGUGGACUGCUGUGUAUUUUGCCUAGGAAUGCUGUUGUUACAGACUAUAUGGCCUUCACAGAACCACUGUGACUACUACCUGUCUUAUAAUGUGAACGAAGCCUCGUUACAUAGGUGUAAUGUUCAUCCUCGCGUGAUGUGGCAGCCAAGGAACAUGUCAGUGUACUCCAUAGUGUUGGACAGUGCUCUAUCGAAAGUUGCAAGGACACGGAAGUGGUGUGGAGGAGCAGGACAUAGGAUCCUUGCUCAUAUCUUGCAUGAUGCAAUGGUACAACAUAUAGUAGGGGAUUGCAGCUGGGUCCUUCCUACGAAAAAUGCAAUAUGAGGCGUGUUUGUGUUGCAUAAGGAUACAGAUGGUCACAGUUAUACGUGCAGGGCAAAAUGCUGGUACUUUACGAGGGUAUCAAAACAAUAAAGGUAAUCAAAUCGUCCUACAAUGCCGUCUGCUCAGAAAGUUUUUCCCAAUGGCUGCCUCCCUAAUGCUCGUAUUUCAGUUUUUGGUUCAAAUACGGUGCUGACAUUCACUAGGAUAUUCCAUUUGUACAUGAACUGUAUGUAUAGGCAUUAUGCAUGAAGACGUUUGGUGUAGUCUGAUUAUAAGUUAUUAUACCAUUACAUUCCAUCAUGAGAUUUUACCACAGGAGCUAAAAAGAAAUUUAUGAUUGCGUUGGAAUGUAAAAAAUGAAUGUCACGGUUGUAUAUGUGCACGUCUGAGUGACAAUAAAAACAAUAUGCCGUCUU